AUGCAGACGCACCCCAAGGCAGCCUUCCGCGCCGAAGAAAUAGCAGAGAAAGGUUUGCUGCUUGGGUUUUGUAACUGCCACUAUGAACAAGAUCGGAAUGCGCUUAAGAGGAAGGAAUGGGAACGGCGAAACCAAGAAGUUCAACAGGAUGAAGACCUUUUUGCAUCUGGCUUUAAUCUUUUUGGAGAACCCUACAAGACGAGCAGAGGCGAUGCCCUUGCCAACCGGGUCCAGAAUACGCUGGGGAAUUACGACGAAAUGAAGGACUUGCUGACCAACCACUCUAACCAGAGUCACCUUGUCGGCAUCCCAAAGAACUCCGUGCCGCAGACCCCAGUCGACAAAAACGAGCCGAGCUUCUUCCCAGAGCAACGGAACCGGAUGAUCCCGCCUCUCCCGGUCAGCGGCCACGCCUCGGCCUCCAUGCCUCCCCCGCCUUCCAUGCCCUCCAACCCAGGGCUGCUGCACGGCCACCCAAACGGCAGGAAGUCCCGGACGGACUGGCCCCGUGGCAGCCACAACGCCAAUGGCGGCCAGCCAAGCCAGCCCGGUGGUCAGCAGAGCAGGGCCAAGCACGGCCCUUCCUCCCACGAGGCCCCUCCAGGCCGGUACGAGGACCUCUACGCCUGCCCAAGCGAGCAGCACAAAAGUGGAGGAGGGGAGGAGGCCAACACAACACCCUCGUCUUCACACUCCAGGAGACACAACCAUUCGAAGCCGGCCGGGGCGGACCACUCCUACAAAGAAACCUGCCACUCCACAUCUCCGGUGGAGCUUGAGUUUCUGGGCCACGGGCCUGGAUCGCCGCUCCCGUCCACGUCUUUGUUGUCGUCCAACAACAACCUCUCCACCCAGAACUUCCCUCCUGGGCUUCACUGUAAGACCCAGCAGAAGCCCACCGCGUACGUCCGGCCCAUGGACGGCCAGGACCAGGUUCCAAACGACUCGCCCGAGCUGAAGCCUCCUCUCGAAAUGGACGGUGUGUACGGACACCAGUCCUUUGGGACACUGCUGGACGGAAAGGCCACCGGACCGGGGUCAAAGAGUAAACUACCAAAGCUCACUCUUCCUCAAGCCAGUGACGUUACCCUUCCCAAUGACUCCAACUGUGUGGAGGAGAUACUACGGGAGAUGACCCAUUCCUGGCCCCCGCCGCUCACUGCGAUCCACACACCUGGGAAGGCCGAACAGAAUAAGUUCCCCAUUCCCAACAAGGGGCAGGAUUCGCAGCAUCUGACCUCAGGAUACAAUGUGCAAAAAUGGAGUGAGCCUGCUGGCAAAGUUGCGACCAAAUCAGUGCCACAGAAAUCCAUGCUUGAAGAUGAUCUGAAACUCAGCAGCGAUGACGAUGAGAAUGACCAGACUGCAGAGAAGACAAAGCCUCGAAACAUUCCAGUAAAUGGCCUUGCGUUGCCGACACCACACAGCACCGUCUUAAUACAUUCCAGUGGAGGCUCCGGAAGCUCCAGUGAAUCUGAAAGCAGUUCCGAGUCGGAUUCGGACAGCGAGACCAGCUCCAGUGACAGCGAGUGCAACGAAGAGUCACGCAGUGGAACGCCGGAGCCGGAACCUCCCUCGGCGAACAAAUGGCAGCUGGAUAAAUGGCUGAACAAAGUCAAUCCCCACAACAAGGCCAUCAUUACCAACCAGCAUGAGAACCCCAGCGAGAGCGCCUCUCGGCCCCAGAACGGCUCUCAGAGCGACGUUCCGAGCAAAGGCAAGCUCAACAGCAGCUUCCCCCUGGCUGACUCCAAAGACCGGGCGCUGCGCAGUCCCGUCCGAGAGAAGGCCAAGCCCCGCGUUGCCCAGAAAGCCCCGGCAGAGGCCAAAAGCUCCAAGCAGAAAUCCCCCGCUCACAAUGAGCCCGGCCCCCCAAGGACUACUGGGAAAAAACAACCCAAAAAAGUGGAGCGGACGUCCAGUGCCGAAGACUACAAUUGGCCCAAACCAAAUAUCACCAGCAGCAGCAGCACCCCCAAAGAGAAGGAAGCGCAAGAAGCCCACGAGCAGCCCAAAGUUCGCACUAAAGUCCCGGCGGGGAAGACGGCGCCCAGGAAAGAGCCCAGAACCACCACGGGGCCCCCGCUCGAAAAGAAGAAGUAUCGGGGGCCCAGCAAAACCAUUCCAAAGUCUCGGGAGUUUGUGGAAACGGAUUCCUCCACAUCCGACUCGAACACGGACCAGGAGGAGAACCUGCAGGUGAAAGCCACGCAGGCCUGCGGCGGCCCCGACACCAAAGCCAAGGACUCCAGCAGCAACCUCCUCAGUGUCAGCAGCUUGGCCAGCAGCAACAGCAACGCCUCCCUGGACCCCCACAGCAAUGACUUGGAAGAGCCCCUUUUCUCCCCCAUGCCCAUUGUCCAGAGCGAGCCCCUCUCCCCACUCAAAGAGUUUGAGGAGCUCCAAUACCUCUGGGUGAAGAUCGACCUGAGCUUGCUCUCCCGCAUCCCCGGGCAAGACACCUUGGAGAGCCCUCCCGGUAAGACAGAACCCAGGGAGGUCAACCCCAAGCACAGGCGGACGUGCCGGGAGUCCCCAACGCUCGCGGCCGAAAAACCACCCACCAAGUCCAAGAGGAAGCACAAGCAGUCGGAAAGUUUGGACACGUUUGGUGACAACAAGAAACAACGCUUGGAGGAUGCUUCCUGCCUGCUUCCACCCUGCAUCUCUCCAAUACCCAACCACAGGCUAACCAGUGCUAAAGACAACAAUCCCGUGAAGAAAGUGACGAAGAAAAGGGAGGAGAAGCUCUUUCCGCCCCCCUUGUCUCCUCUGCUGGACGAGGCCGCGCCACGGCAGAACAGCCACGACAGCAGCCUCUUCGGCCCAGAGAGCGCCCUGCCCACCGUACCGCAAGCCAGCGCCUGCUCCAAACACAGGAAAAGUGACAACAAGUCCUCUUCCGGCGCAAAGGGAAAUUGUGAGGAAGACUCCCUCGGCCGGGCCCCAAACCCUCUGCUGCUCGACACCAGCCAUCUCGACAACGACAUCUGGUCGACCGCCCCUGCCUUCGCCAAUGGGAAUCCUGAGCCACGAAGACCCAAAAUCACAUUCGAUGACAUGCUUCACAAUGCAGAUUACUACAUGCAAGAGGCCAAAAAGCUGAAGCACAAAGCAGACGCCCUGCUGGAAAAGUUUGGCAAAGCGGUGAAUUAUGCGGACGCGGCCCUUUCCUUCAUCGAGUGCGGGAAUGCCAUGGAGCGCGACCCCUUGGAAGCGAAGUCUCCCUACACCAUGUACUCGGAGACGGUGGAACUCAUCAGGUAUGCCAUGAGACUCAAGAACUUCACGGGCUCUUCUGCCACGGAAGGAGACAAGAAGCUGGCCGUUUUAUGCUACCGGUGCUUGUCCCUUCUCUACCUGAGAAUGUUUAAGCUCAAGAAGGACCAUGCCAUGAAGUACUCCCGGUCUCUGAUGGAAUAUUUCAAGAGUUCAUCCAAAGUGUCGCAGGCGCCAUCUCCUUGGGGAGGCAACGGAAAGAGCACCGAGACGCCGUCUCCCAUGUCUCUGAGCCCGUCGCCCAUCAGCAACCUUGGGAACACUGCCGGCACAACGGGUUCCUCCUCAGCGGGCACCAUCACCAUUCCCCAGCGCAUCCACCACAUGGCUGCUAGCCACGUCAACAUCACAAACAACGUCCUGAGAAGCUACGAGCACUGGGACAUGGCUGAGAAGCUGACGAAAGAGAACAAAGACUUCUUCCUAGACCUGGACUUAGUGAUGGGUCCAUUGACGCAACACAGCACUAUGACCAACCUGGUCCGUUACGUUCGGCAAGGACUCCACUGGCUUCGCCUUGAAGCGCAUUUGUUGUAGUGACUGCUUCCGUGUCCAUCACGACGACGCCCUGUUCCCUGCGCACAGGUGACCCGUGAUGGGAUGCCACCCUUUUCUGGAACUGUAUUCCUAGGGUUAUUUUAUUGCCUUCCGCUUCCCCCUUUCCAACAAGACAUAGUCUAUCUCUUAAAAAUGGAACUCGCCGUCAUUGGGAAAGAUGGCACCGGAGCAGAGUAUGUGUCGGUGCCGCCGAAUCAGUUUGGAUUCACUUCUUUGCCUUGUGUCUCCUGGAUCCUGCCACUCUUGCCUUCCAUGUCAUGCUUUAUGGAACAGUCGCUUCCCUGCGCCAUUGCACUUUGAUGAAGAUAGAGGUGAUUGGGAGAACGUCUUAAAUCUCUGAGGGCACCUUGGAAGCCCCCCCCCCCCUUGCACUGGGAACGAAUACCCAGCAGAUCAACCCAUUCAACUCCAAACUGCCCUCUCCGUACAAAUCACGCCGUUCCCGUCUUAGCCUGGGUUCCAUGACAGGCUAAGAUCCCAUCAAGGUGGUCUCUUUGCAGACCGAAGCAUCAAGCAGCUUGUGUUGUUGUAGGCAUCCCCACACACAGUGGUGUCCCCUCCCCAAGAGCAUAAGGCCACCAAAGGCUUUCAGAGAUUUUUGUUGAAUGAGGUUUUGCAUUUCUGCAUUUUUGUGAAUAUCAAUGAUCAACACAACAGCUCAAUGCCAUUCCAAAGCCAAUUCCAACUGCGUUGUUGUAGGUUUUUCGGGUUACAUGGCCAUGUUCUAGAACAGGGGUCCUCAAACUAUGGCCCGCGGGCCGAAUACGGCCGUCCAAGGUCAUUUACCCGGCCCUCGCUCAGGGUCAACCUAAGUCUGAAAUGACUCGAAAGCACACAACAACAACAGUGAAUGAGGUUUUGCAU